CAAGCGGCAGUAACUGGCUCUCUGAAGCAACAAGCUGAGGUUUGAAAAGUUUCAGUGAUGUCAGCACUGGAGAGACUGCAAGCAGUGCAGUUUAUGAAGAGAAGCAGACUAUUAACAACAUCAGCUUUUCGGUGGUCAACCAUACUUGCAGUGUUAGUUGUACAGCCCAGCACCACUAGGAACAUCAAACAAGAGGAUCUGGCUAUCACUGCCAAGACUCCUUCCUCAUUGACCUCCACUGAGUGGCUAACCAGGCAAUUUUAGAGAAUAUUUAAAGAUCAACUGGAGGGACCAGAGUCCCAUAGAGGCUGAAUUGGAACAGCAAUGGGGUCUCUGACUGAUGCUAACACUCAAUUUCCCCUUGACCUGCUGAGGCAACUCAGUGCGGGUAACAGAACAGAGAACGUUUUCUUUUCUCCACUAAGUAUAUCAACUGCUCUGUUAAUGGUCCACCUCGGUGCGAGAGGCAGCACUGUCAUUCAACUGGCCAAGGUGCUGCACCUGGGAGCUGAGGAACAACCUCUUCAUGGAUUUCAGCAGCUGCAGUGUGAAGUGAAUAAACCCAGCCCUUCUCAUCUUCUGAAGACAGCAAAUGGUCUCUUCGGAGAAAAAAGUUUCAGCUUUCACCCAGAAUAUAUCGAAUCCAUAUCCAGAUUCUAUGAGGCAGAGCUCACUGCUGUUGAUUUUGCAGAAGGAGCAGAGGCGGCCAGAAUCCAAAUCAACUCAUGGGUGGAGGAACAAACUGAAGGCAAGAUCCAGAACUUGUUAGUUCAAGGUGCUGUUGAUUCACAAUCAAAGCUUGUCCUUGUGAAUGCUGUCUACUUCAAAGGGGUGUGGGAGAAGAAGUUUAAAGAAGAAGACACCAAGUACCGGCCCUUCAGGUUCAGUAAGGCUGAAUCUAAGCCCGUGAAAAUGAUGUACCAAAAAGGAACAUUCAAGACAUCAUUUAUUGAGGAGCUUGCAGCUGAUAUCCUAGAGCUCCCUUAUGUUCAGAAUGAGCUGAGUAUGUUAAUCCUGCUACCUGAGGAAAUUGGUGGACUUGAAGAGCUUGAGAAAAAGCUGACAAGUGAUAAACUGCUGGAGUGGACCAGCCCAGAAAACCUGGAACCAUCCAAAAUGUCAAUAUAUCUUCCCAAAUUUAAGUUGGAAGCAAAAUACGAUCUGGAAUCAACACUUAAAAGGAUGGGACUAUCAGCAGCUUUUGACAGUGAAAGUGCAGAUUUCUCGGGUAUGACUGCAGCAGGAGGCCUGUCUUUAUCCAAAAUAGUUCACAAUUGCUUUGUGGAAGUAAACGAAGCAGGAACUGAAGGAGCAGCCAGCUCACAGGUCACCGUGAUGUUUCGGAGCUUGCAAUUUGAAGAUGAAUUCAUAGCUGACCAUCCAUUCCUGUUUUUCAUAAGGCACAACAAAACUCAAAGCAUCCUAUUCUUUGGACGAUUCUCUUCCCCUUAAACAGAUAUUUUACUUGUGUUGUAAUUCACUUCUAUUAUUUGUCUGCCUGAUAUACACUGAACAAAAUUUGCAUUCAUACAGGAUUGGAGUAAAACAUCUCAUAAUGAACCUAUUUACCUGUGCAGAUACUGAUAACAGAAGUACUGUGCAGUUGAAUUUCAUAUGAUCUGAGUUGCCUUGUAUUCAAUAUUAUUUGAUACAGAUUAAAGUUAACAUUUACACAGGUAAAUUAUCGUACAAUUUCACUGGGUGGGUGCUUGUACUCUGAAAGCAUUCACUGUAUAGUCCCCAUGCACUGUCCUGUCCAUGAGAUCAUAAGAUAUACGAGCAGAAUUAGGCCAUUUGGCCCAUCGAGUCUGGUCUGCCAUUUCAUCAUGGCUGAUCUAUUUCCCUCUCAGCCCCAAUCUCCUGCUUUCUCCCCAUAUCUCUUCAUGCCCUGGCUGAUCAAAAAUCUAUCAACCUCUGCCUUAGAUAUACCGAAUCCACAGCUGCCUGUGGCAAAGAAUCACACAGAUUCACCACUCUCUGGCUAAAGAAAUCGCUUCUCAUCUCUGUCCUAAAUGGACAUCCCUCUAUUUUGAGGCUGUGUCCUCUGGUUUUAGACUCUCCACUAUUGGAAACAUCCUCUUGACAUCCACUCUAUCAAGGUCUUUCACCAUUUGAUAGCUUUCAAUGAAUUCCAGUGAGUAAAGGCCCAGAGCCUACAUGCUUUUUAGCUGAUUGUGUCAAAUGAAUGUUUAACUGCUUUGCAAAUUAAACAGCAUUUCUGAAAAAACGUGAGUCAGUGUGCUAUGAACUCACCUAUGAACUCACUGCGGAAAGCCAAAGCAACAUGUCAGGCGACAAGGCUACAGCAAUAGGCGGGAUUUUCAUUAUGUCAGAAUAGAAUAUUGAAAUAGUGGUGGUCAGAUAAGUGAUGGAAUUAGAAUUGGAUAGAAAUUACUUGGCUUUGUGCCUAUUUUUCUGAAUAGGCAUUGACCCCACUGCUUGAUACAUUAUUUAGAUAUCUAUAAGUGUCUGAAGAAUGUGGCAGGAGUGUGGAAAUGCAUAUGAAGGACCUCUUUAUAAAAUUAAUCACUGAAAACUGGGAGGCAGUCUUCAUAGUUUACAGACAGACAUGUUUCCUUGGGGAAAAAAAAAUAAAAUGCUCUCUCUGAAAUGAAGAGUAGCUGAGUGUUACCCUUGAUCCCAAUCCAAGGACGUAACCCACCCUAAUCUUAGCUGAGAUUUGAUGCAAGUGAAGCAGGCCCCUCAAAAUCCAGUCCUGUGAAGUACAGUCAGAUUGAGGGUGUGCCCAAUUUCAAUCUAGCUUAAUUGGGUUCAAUUCACUGAAGGUUGUGCUUACACAAGCCCCCGCUAACUUCUACAUCAUGUGUGAUGGUGUAAAACUUAUCAUGUUCACUGAAGCUGGAGUUUCACCAUUCUCAACAGCUCCACAAGCCUAAUCGACAAAGCAGCCCCUAGACUUCGUCAGGUUGUACAAGAUUAUUUCAUUUUGUUUAGAAGAACAAAAAUACGUGGAUAUACAGUCUUGCAUGUCAGGUUCUACUGGAAUGUUUCACAAGAUUUGUAGGUCAUGUCUCAGACUGCUACAUAAAAUCCACCUGCACACCAUUUCUUCAUUUUGUACCAAUGGUUUGCAAGCAUGCAAGUGUCUAUUUCUUUGUUCCAAAUCAUUAAGAAGGUUUACAUACAGGAGCAGCAAGGGAGUCUCAGUUCUUGAGAUGAUGCACCUGCU